AUGACAAUACUUGAAGCACGAAAUCGUGUGGGAGGACGAGUCUAUACAGAUACACAUACAUUCAACAAUGGUGUGUCUGCUGAUAUCGGUGCCGAAUGGAUUCAUGCUUAUGGAGUAGAAAAUCCCCUAUACAGUCUACAUCAACAAUUGCAAACAAACGAAGAUAAACAAGAUGAUCACUACUUUGAUUUCGACGAACCAGAAAUGACUGGUUGCUAUGAUACGACUGGUUCAAUUGUGUCACGUCAAACCUGUGCGAAAGCACAAUAUAUUAUCGAUAAGUUAUUUUCACCAAAAUACAACGAAACUUUGAGAGUUCGAGACGUAUCAGUCUGGGAUAUAAUACGACCCGAAUAUGGGAAAAUAUCGGAAGGACAAAUCAAACGACUUGUUGAUGCUAUGUUAAUCGGCAUAGAAGAGUAUGAAGCUACGGAUCUCGAUCGAUUAUCUGCCAGACAGACUUUCUUUGGUGAUGAUGAGGAAGAACUAGAUGAAAACAUGGCAUUGCAAAGAGGAUUCGGAUCCUUGAUUCAACGAAUUUUCAACAGAUUCGCAUUACCUGUUCAACUAAAUACUGAAGUAACUCGUAUCAUCAUAAGUAACUCGGAUCGUGUCCAAAUUUCAACGAAAAAUGAUGAAACUAUUCAAUCAAAGUAUGUCUUGAUUACUGUUCCAUUGGGUUGCUUGAAACAGAAAACGAUUGUAUUUGAACCAGCACUACCUCAAUGGAAACAGAACGCAAUUGAUAGUAUGGGUUUUGGCAAUACGGAAAAGAUUAUUCUACAAUUCGACGAGACAUUCUGGGAUUGGAAUUUUACUACAUUCUACAUAGCUGGCGCAUCCUUUCCCUUUGCUAUUUGUGCUCCCAAGAAGCGUAUCCUUGUAUUUACGAUUGGUGGAACACGAGCUCGUCAUAUGGUAGCAACAAAAGAUGAAGAUACGAUUGCUACGAUUCUCCGUGAUCUAAGAAGAGCGUUUCCUAAUCAUACAUUCAAACUGGAACGGUAUCGAAUAUCACGAUGGACACAAGAUCCGUAUGCACGUGGUUCUUAUUCAUAUUAUGCAUUUAAUACAUCGUUGGAAACUUUCGAGACUUUGGCAAGAGAAUGUUGUCAUAAUCAAUUGUUUUGGGCUGGUGAACAUACUAGUUCGGGCGGUUCAGUGCAUACGGCUUUUGCCACAGGUCAACGCGAAGCAAAGAAGAUUUUACAGCGAUUGAAAAUAAAAUAA